UAUUGUGAGAGAAACGGAGACAUGAAAAGUCAAACUAGAAAACUUGGCAAAUAAAAAAAACUAUUUUUGAAAACUCGCCCAGUUUGGCGUGUCACAGAAAAGUAAAAUUUGUGGCAUGUCGUACGCUCUAUACCAGGAUCCCAUGCAGGGGCAGCCGAUGGUUAUACCGAAGGAUAGUGGGAUAGGCGUACAACUGACGCCCGAACACUGGUCCUUAUACGAUCCGGUUCUGCUACGGCACAUGCUCGCCACGAUGAACACCCUGCGCAACUUGUUCCACGUGUAUCUGUGUUGGCGCCAGAUACGCUUGUGCACCACUUACGACGAACCGCCGCCUGAACUGGCAAAUGUAAUGUCAAUUGAGCAAUUCGAAACGGCCAAGAUCGAGGAAAUGUACACUGCGGAGUAUAAGAUGGUAGAAUACAUCUUCGAUGCCAUACUGAGCUGCAUGGAACUGUACUUUUGCAUCCUUCCAGCUAUUUGGCGUUUAAUCAUCAAUACGUACAGCAUUGUCGAUGAUCUGAUUUGGCAGAGCAUUGCAUUUGUGGCGGCGUUCAGUGGCUAUAUGGUUCUGCGAAGGCUGCCAGAGAUCUUAUACAGCAGAUUCUUCCUGGCACCAUGGUACGAUCCACGUCAGGAGAAGUCGCUGCCCUUGGUGGGCUUGCUGUGCUCGUUCCCCCUGCUGUUCGUUAUUCUGCAGCUGGGUCUUGUUCCGCUAACUGCGAUCUUUUUGGAAAUCGAAAAAACCGGCAAGACGUGGUUUUGGCUCUGGAUUUGGAGUCUUCUGAUCCUUCUAUCGGCCAUAGCGCUUAUUGCGUUCUGUGUUUUUGGCCUGCCCUUGCUUGGCGCGAAGGUCAAAGACCCAGCGGCCGUCGCUGACUUGCAACAUAUUUUAAAGGAUGUAUUAAAGACGUUUGGAUUCAGGCCCGAGUCUAUACACAUUGUAAGAACCUUUCACAGCAUGUCUGCCACGGCCUAUGUCUGGGGCUGUUGCUUCUACAAGCGCGUCUACAUAAUGAAAACACUGAUAUUUAACCAGGGCAAGCCCGCCUCAGAAUUGUUACAUCCGGAUGAGGUCGGAAAAGGCUUGCAGAACAAUCAGCUGGUCGCGUAUAUUGCUCACGAAAUGUGCCAUUGGCGUCAGGUUCAUGUUCUGCAAGCAUUCAUCGUCAUCCACACUACUUUGCUCAUAUAUUUCCUAAUUUUCGGCACCGUCUAUCGGCAGACGGUUCUCUAUGAGGCGUCGGGAUUCCACCCCAUCUACUUUCCGCCUAUCGUUGGCUAUUGGCUGGUGUACAAGUACGUGAUGCCCCUGUAUCUGACAAUUACAAAUUGGAUCAAUUUAUACUUUCUGCGUUACCUGAAGUAUGCGGCCGAUAAAAAAACCUGGGAAAUGGGUUACGGUCCUGUGUUUGUUGACGCUCUGGUCAAGCUGUUCGGCGACAAUCCAACUUAUCCCUAUGUGGAUAAGUUGUAUCUCAUGUGGCAUCGUUACAGACCCACAACGCUGAUGCGUAUCCGCCGAAUCAAACGGCUUGAGCGAAAAAGCAAACUUACUACAUCUAGUACAGUUUAGUUAAAUGUUUACCUUUACUCAAUGUCUUCAACAAUUAAAAAUUGUGCAUGUAAUGAAUAAAUAAUUCGAGUUUUUAAUCAACUGAAUACGGUUG